AUGGAUCAUGUGAAUGGCAAGUCAUAUUAUGGGGCGAUACUUUUGUUUAGUUUAAUAGGAGCAAGUUUAAAUAGCGUCAUAAAACCAAGAGAAUUGACCCUAGGAAAUGAAAAUAGAAACUGGAUGAACGCCGAGAAAGCGUGUCAAGAAGAUGGCCUUCAACUGUUAUCCUCCAUAACCAAAGAUAACAUGGUGGAUAUUCGCACCUUAAUGAAUUUGUGGAAUGAUGAUGACAUCUUGAAAUCGUCUGUAUGGGUUGGUUUGACCCGUCAUAAAGGUGAACUCGGUUUUAAAUGGGACUCAUGCUCUGAUGUCAUACCCAACGAUGAGCUACCUUGGUCACUAGCUUUUCCACUGUCAUCUCCCGUGGAGAGGUGUGUUAUUAUUGAUAAACACAAUUUCAAAUUAAAAACGGCUUCUUGUUUUAAUCAAUAUCAAUAUAUCUGUGAAAGACCUAGAGAUAAAUGUUGGUUUGAUAUACAUUUACUACGAGAGACUACAGAAGCUAAACUGCACGAAGGGACUUUUAGUAGAAAAGAUUGUGAAGAUCAGUGCAGAAAUUUUCGUCUUGGUAAUCAAGAGUGUGUUCUGAUAGAAAUAAAGGGAGGUGAAUGUUAUAUUGUAAAAUCUGAUAAGCAGUAUAUUGAUGAUACUCCGCAUUUUAAGUCUGCAACCAGUGCAUACACAUUUGUCGAGGUGAAAAGAUGCUUAGCACGAUCCAAUAGACAUUCAACUAUGGAUCAUACCGCAUAUUACUCACUUCCACCAAGAGAGCCUUGUCCAUCUUCAUCAUCAACUUCCGUGACCUCAUCAGAUUUACCCUACAGCAGUCCUGUAUCAGAGUCGGUAUCAGCGUCUUUAAUGGAUGUGGCAUCAUAUACCGAAACGAGCAGUGAAUAUAACCCGGUUAUAUAUUUAUCAUCGACUGAAAUCAACGUUUUGUCCUCAACAGAGAUUUCCGUGUUUUUGACGGAUGACUUCUACCAAACAGAACUCAAAACAAGCACACAUUUUAGUGAUUUAAAUACUGAAAGUGAAUUGACAGUCACAUCAAAAAUACAUUUCGGCAGUAUUGAUACUGGUAUUGAACUGAUAAUCCAAGCUUCGGACUUUAUAACUCUCAGUUGUGAUACAACCAUCAAUGACUAUAGUACUGAUCCAAUUGAAACUUCGCUACUAACAAGUGAAGAUGCACAUGGAACAUGGUCGACUUCGGAUACCGACUCGCGCAGCAGUAUAAUGAUACUAUCGUCGCUAUCACCUUCAAUGCCUUUUUCCGCACCAUCAACUGACAUGGAUAUGGAAACCGUUCUACCAUCUGUAACAUCUUCUACUCCAUACCAACCAAUCUAUUCAGUAACAAAUCCCAAGUUUAAUUCAUUAUGUCGAUGUGUCUGUUUAAAUAACGACUCUAGUACUACUGGAUUCACUCAAACAAAAUUGGCGGAAAUUCGGAAAAAGCUUUUUGUUGACACAUCAACUUUGUCAUCAACCAGGCGGAAGUUGACAAGUGCUGAGGAUCACCGUCCUUCCGCCAUAAUAACUGGUCAGCUUGGACUAGUGGUAUUGAUUUUGGUGUUCUGUUUCUUUUUGAUCCUUGACGCACAGAGAUUCAUUGUGGCCAUUUACGAAUUUAUGAAGAGGAAAAGCACCAAAACAGUCGUACCAUCAUAG